UCCUGACACGGAAGUAUAAACGUGCGGAAGUCGCUGUUGCAACAAAAGUUGUUGAAAGUGUUUUGAAAAUUCUGUUUACGUUUAUAAAACAACAAGUCACGGGUUUUUUGUCAGACCUGCGAACCGAAUUUUUUUAUAACACCAGCAGGAUCUUGUUGACAUGGCUUUGGACUGGGUCGGGUUCUGUUACGCUGCUCUGGUAUCAGCAGGAGGAGUCAUAGGUUAUGUUAAAGCAGGCAGCACCAUCUCUCUGGCUGCAGGGCUCCUGUUCGGCCUGUUGGCUGCAGUCGGUGCUUAUCUGACGUCUCAAAAUCCCAGGAACGUCUGGCUUUCACUGGGCACCUCGGGCUCUCUGGCUGUGGUCAUGGGAUUCAGGUUUGUGAACUCCUGGAAGUUCAUGCCAGCUGGUUUAAUGACCCUAGCGAGUGGUUUGAUGCUGGCAAAGAUCAUCGCUGGGACGGUAAAAAGACCACACAAAUCCUGAGAUGUAUUUUUGUAAACAGCCCUUGUGGAGUUUGUAUUGGUCUUAAAAUCAUAUAAUAAACCAUAGUCUUAAUAAGUUUACUUUUUUACUUUUAUUUUUUAAGAUAAUCUGUUAUUGAAAAUGCUGUAAUUAUGUUAAAUAAGAUAAGAUGAGAGUAUUAUAAAUGAUCAAAGAUGUCUUCCUUCAACAGGUUUUGUAUUGAUGAGUGUAUUGAAUGAGUUAAUAAUAAUACAUUUUUUAAAACUC